UAUCGAAUACAAAUUAGAACCCUAAACGCUGAAUUCUGUCGCCGCAGUCUCUGGGGACUGAGAAGAGGAAGAAGAGAGAAGGGAGAAGCAAGACGUAGGAAAAUGGAAGCAGAAAUCGAUAAGGAAACGAGAAGAAAAAUCAAGAAAAGCGUGAAAAAUAUACUCCAAGGAGAAGGAGCAAACUUGUACGUGUUGAACGAGAAAUCGGUACGCGAAAAAGCCUCGUCCGACCUUAAUCUCGACCUCAACCAACCUUCGUAUAAGAAGCUAGUGAGUAGAUAUGUCGGAGAUUUCCUCAUACAGGAAAAAUCCAAACCCAGAAUAAGUGAAAAACCCAUGAAAUGAACAGGCUAAAGCGAGUUCCUGGUUGAUUGAAGAUGAAGAUGAAGAUGUGCUAGUUCCUUUGUUAUAGUGUUGCAAAU